AUGGCGGAACAAGCCCCGCUUCGAGUCCUCCUCAUCGUCUCGGACAAGAAUACAUACUGGGAACAGUCUUGGUCUGCUUCGGAAGACACAUGUCUAGUCGCUCUUGAGGUCCUCGAAGACAACAAUUUACUGGAACCCACCGACCAACCUCAAGUAAGGCUGCUGGCAAAGCAAAAGUGGGGAAUUCGUGUGUUCCUUGUAUUUGAUAUCUGGAAUACUUGCUAUGAUCCUGCCACGGGACGUCUACCGGCACAAAACAAUCUUCCCGUUUCAAUCGUUCGGCUAGGUCGAAAAACGCAGGCCUACCCGGCCGGCCCUCAAAUACAGAACAGAGUGAAUAAAGAUAUUGCCCAAGCUCACAAUCUCAACGGUCCAGGUAGCCUCCCACCAUUUGUUAUAGAUUAUACCUUUGGACCACCGGAAUAUCUCAACCCACGAGAUCCUUCCUUACUCCGGUGA